UGGAGUGGUGAAAUGCAAGCUUGGUUGAUGACCAAGGGACUGUGGAGGCUCGUCUCUGGCGCUGAAAAGUGUCCUGGGACUGACGCUGAAGCAAUAGAGAAAUGGGAGUUGAGAGCUGAAAAGGCUGCUGGUGCAUUAUAUCUCAAUGUCACCAAAGAGCAGCGCAUCCAUCUUGAUGGCAUCAUUGAUGAUUCUGUCAAGAUCUGGGAGAAACUGGCAAUUGUGCACGUCUCUAAGAAGCCUGGGACGAGAUUUAAUGCCUAUGACGACUUCUUCUCUAUCAGAAAGAAGGAGGACGAGUCCCUGCAGUCUCUCAUGACCAGAAUUGACGAAGGCAUGCAUCAGAUUCAAAAUCUUCGUCCUACUGGCUUCUCAUUGUCUGAAUUGGACGAUGAAUUGACAUGCAUGGCCAUGAUUAGGGCGCUUCCUGAUCAAUAUGCCCACUUCACUU